GUCAAAAGUACUAGUUUUUGUUUAGAUCAGUUAAGACCUACUCUAUCACUAAAAAUGCGCUCCACUCUUGUAGUAUUGUUGCUUUCAGCAGUUGCAAUUUCUGCUGCAGUUCAAUCGGACUACCAACCAAGUCCAAGAUAUCAUCCCCACCUUGGCCUUCGUCCAUUACCAUCCAACGUAAAAAUUAGCCAAUCCAAGGACAUCAGAUCUGUUCCAGAAUUCGAUGAUGUUGUCAGCUACAUCGAAGAAAAUGUAUCUCCAAAUGACAUUCAAGAAAUGUUGGAUAUCCUUCCAGAAGCCUUAUCCGCAAUUAAUGACGAAGAAUUGUCAUCAGCUGAUGAUGAUCAACUUGUAGCCCAACCACGAUCAGUUGGUAGUGCAAUUGAGAAUGUUUUCGAACAUAUUCCAUGGGGAAAAAUUACUGAUGGACUUAAGAAAUUGGCUAAGAAUAAUCCCAAAAUGACAAAGGUUUUGAAUUUGGUCAGUGAUCCGAAAUUCAGGGAUCUUGUCAAGAAGGCUGUGAACUCACACACUUUGAAAGAGUUCAUUAAGGAUGUUGCCGAACAUGGUUUCAGCUGGACUAGUUUCUCAAGUUUGAUGAUCCAUGGUCUUUGCUCAGCUGCCACCACAAUUCAACAUGACAAGUACUCUGUUGGAGUUUGCCAAGUUUUGCAAAACGUUUAAGUUGAAUUCUGUUUAUAGGAUCUGAUGCAAAUAAAAAUUGCUUGAUAUUAUUUCAAUUUCAAAAAAAAAAAAAAUAUGUAUUCAUGACUGAACUUACAA